AUGGCAGCAACCAAUAGUGCGUUCCGAACAGAAACAAGAGAUGAGCAUCUUUACAAUCACAUAGAGUUGUUCAAUAGGUCGUCUUCACCAAUCGAUGCUCCAGCAGCAAACCGUUGCCAAGAUUGCAGAGAGCGACAACCGACAGAAAAUCAGAUCGCAACAGGUCGGCGUAUGUUCGGUGAUUACAGAACAGAACCCAACAAUGACCACCUUUACUAUAACAUACAGUCAAUCAAUGAGCCGUCUUCACCCGCCACCGAAAGCCAAGAAGCAAACCAAACCUCCCAAGAUGACAGAAGAGGGCAACAACCAACAGGAAAUAGUAAGACGAUGGGUCGGCGUGUGACAUCAGCAGUUUUUGCCUUAGCCUUCCUGGCCAUGCUUGCUUCAUUGCUAGCUUUGAAGUGGGAACUCGUAAAGUCAUGUCGAACAAACGGU